GCAGAAGAGGAGUGGCUGGGGCUGGGGGAAUCCAUGCGGGGGCCAUGGACAGAGCGGCGCUCCUGGGACUGUCCCGCUUGUGCGCUCUUUGGGCAGCCCUGCUCGCGCUGUUCCCUGGCGGAGCCCAAGGAAACUGGAUGUGGUUGGGCAUCGCCUCCUUCGGGGUUCCGGAGAAACUGGGCUGCGCCAACUUGCCGCUGACCAGCCGCCAGAAGGAGCUGUGCAAGAGGAAACCGUACCUGCUGCCCAGCGUCCGAGAGGGCGCCCGGCUGGGCAUUCAGGAGUGCAGGAGCCAGUUCAGACACGAGAGAUGGAACUGCCAGGUGGCCGCCGCCGCCCCGCCGGGCACCGGCCCGCUCUUUGGCUACGAGCUGAGCAGUGGUACCAAGGAAACGGCAUUCAUUUAUGCCGUGAUGGCCGCGGGCCUGGUGCAUUCAGUGACCAGGUCGUGCAGUGCAGGCAACAUGACGGAGUGCUCCUGUGACACCACCUUGCAGAACGGUGGCUCAGCGAGCGAAGGCUGGCACUGGGGGGGCUGCUCCGACGAUGUCCAGUACGGCAUGUGGUUCAGCCGCAAGUUCCUAGAUUCCCCCAUCAGAAACACCACGGAAAAAGAAAGCAAAGUACUGUUAGCAAUGAACCUUCAUAACAAUGAAGCUGGAAGGCAGGCUGUUGCCAAGCUGAUGUCAGUGGACUGCCGCUGUCAUGGGGUUUCCGGCUCCUGCGCUGUAAAAACAUGCUGGAAAACCAUGUCUUCUUUUGAAAAGAUUGGACAUUUGUUGAAAGAUAAAUAUGAAAACAGCAUUCAAGUCUCAGAGAAAAUCAAGAGGAAAAUGCGCAGGAGAGACAAAGACCAGAGGAAAGUACCCAUCCACAAGGACGAUCUGCUCUACGUUAACAAGUCUCCCAAUUACUGUGUAGAGGAUAAGAAGUUAGGGAUCGCAGGGACACAAGGCAGAGAAUGCAACCGCACGUCUGAGGGUGCGGAUGGCUGCAACCUCCUCUGCUGCGGCCGUGGCUACAACACCCAUGUGGUCAGACACGUGGAGAGGUGUGAGUGUAAGUUUAUUUGGUGCUGCUAUGUUCGCUGCAGGAGGUGUGAAAGCAUGACUGAUGUCCACACUUGCAAGUAACCACUCUAUCCAGCCUUGGACAAUACUCCUCAGUGACAACAGCAGAGUGCCGCUGUGCAGGGCUGGUGAAGCCCACUGCCCUCAGAAUCCCCAAAGCCUUGACCCCCUCUCAGAGUUCCCUUUACCUUGUCCAUGUCCAGUCAAUCACACACUGAGCAUGUGCAUUCGGAGGGAUUCUGCAAGGUUUAGGUUCAUAUUUGGGUGAUCUGGAAAAUAUAUAUUGACAUACAAGGAAUUUGGCUCCUAACCAACAAAGAAUCAGAAAGAACCUUUAUGCAGAAAGA